GAAGCCACGUUCACUUUUCUGUUGUUGACCGUGUGUUUGACAUCAGUUGGUGACUUGGGGACAAACUCCUGCCAAGGGGACUUUAGCGGUGUUGCAAAAAGGGGGCCGGCUGUUGACAUAACUGUUGCCGUGUUGUGUUUAAAAGCAGACGGGAGGACGACGAGACAGACUGAUGAAGAUGACGUGCAAGAACAUUGCUCUGCUCGCGGCUUUGCUGGCUGUGGUGUGUGUGUGUGAAGGUGUGACGUUUGGCCAGCUCUGCCAGGGGAACCCCAACAACAUGCGUAGGACGUCAGACAUUUGGGGUCAAGGUCACUACGGGGCCCCAAGGGGGUCCAGGCAGCACAAAGGUCUGGACAUUGAAUGUGAAGACGGCUCCGUUGUCUACGCUCCGUUUGACGUCUCUCUCAACGGGAAGGUCAUCGUCUACACCGACCCCGCCAAGGCCGCCAUCAACGACGGAAUCAACCUGCAGACCGACGAUCUGUGCUUCAAGCUCUUCUACGUCAGGCCGGAUCAGACUUCCGGAACUGUCACCAAGGGCCAGCGUCUCGGCGUCAUGCUGCCCAUGCAGCAAGUCUACCCAGGGAUCAAAUCUCACGUUCACGUGCAGAUGUGCGAUAAGAGCGACCCCACCGUGUACUUCUGAUGGGUUCCACUUUGCCACCUUAAGACAUUUGGAAUGAAACCAUUUCAUUUAGUCCGGGUUAUUGUUGUACACACACAGGUGUCAAUCAUAAAGAAAUGCAUCAUCUUG